GCUCGUGGUGGAGGAGGAGACUGCGCCCGGUGCGGACUGGUGCGUAUCUGACACCAACACCACGGGAACCAGGUUGUGUCGCCAGUGUGCAGCGGCGGCUUGUCAUGACGAGAACCUGGUCUUCGUGUUGCCGAUGGUCUCUGCAUUACUGGAUUGAGUCAACACCACCCAGCAGUGAAUAGUGGAGAGAUGUCGCCUGACUACUUAAUUGGAAUUAAAGAGGAAGCUACAGAUGAACUACAUUUUGCUUCAGCAGCAAACACUGAUGGAAAGUCAGUCAGUGAUGAAAUAGCUGUAGAUUUUGUGACAGAUGAAGAGGUGGAACCAGGAGAGAUUGUGAAAUUUGAUACUCCACCUUCAGAUGGUCACUGUCAUCAACAGUUAUCUGGUGUCAGAUUAUCAGAUGAUUUUGGACAUGGACAGCAAGCAAAAACAGAGGAUGGCAGUAUUGAAACAAGUGGUGUAAAACUUCAUGAGUGCCUCAUUCAUGAUAAAGAUAAAUUGAGACCCCAAUUUCUCAAGGAGAAAAGCCAGUCAAGAUGCAAAGGCAUAGAAAAGAGGGCUGCAUGUGUUCCUAAGUAUUGUCUAAUUUGUAAAUCCUCUUUACAAAUACAUCAUAAUCCUCAAAGACAAACAAAUAUAAUUGGAAAAUUAGAAGGGAGUCCAAGCAUUCAGAAGUUCCAGCUGCCUGUGACUGUAAUGGGAUAGCAUUGGAAAGACACCAAAGGCAUGGACUGUACUCUGUUUGUAAUUUGUCGUUAGACCGAAUUGGUGAGGUCAGAAGAUAUGGAAAAUGUUAUUCCCAUCAACAUUAUACCUCUAUUGCCAGUAAGAAGCAAGGUUGCCUGGGAAGAAAAGAACUGCCAUUGCAACAAAUUUUAAGAUCUCAGAAAUAUUUACCUCCAGACAAGUCUCUUCUUGCACUUCCAUUACUUAGGCUUCCUCAGCAUGUCAAGCAGCCAAAAUAUGCUCAGUACCAAAAUUUUCACUAUAAGCUGUAUCCAAAAUAUAGAAACUGCAUGCCAAAGAAAUGUGAAUUUAUAGCUGACAAAAGGAAUGUUAGUCAGAUAAAUGAAAAUAAGUUAAGCAUCGGAUCUCCUGUAAACAAACAGAAGCUAAACCUAGGACAGUUUCUGGUAAGAGGGAAGAAGCAAAACACUGUUGAAUCUGGCAAAACCAACGGCACUCCAACAACUGUUAAUGCAAAUCUAAGAGAAAAAGAAGGGAUAAAGAAGAUGGAUGGCAUUGAGGUGCUUCGUGAGAUUGGUCGAGGGACCUAUGGGACUGUCUGGUUGGUCAGGAAGCGAAGUGACCAGAAGUACUUAGUUCUGAAAUCUGUAGAUUUAUCUCAUUCCAACCAGCAAGAGGCAGAAGCAGCACGGCAAGAGGUCCAUCUCCUUGCAAGCUUAAAACAUCCGAACAUUGUGUCAUAUAAGGGUUCAUUUGAGCUCAAUUACCAAUUGCAUCUAUUGAUGGGAUACUGUGAAGGAGGAGAUCUUUUUACUUGCAUAAAACAGCAACAUGGCAAGCUGUUUUCUGAGCAACGUGUUAUCCGUUGGUUCAUACAGAUAACAAUGGCAUUGCAGUACCUCCAUGGUCACAAUAUUUUACACAGGGACCUGAAGACUCAAAACAUCUUCCUUACACGUUCAGGUCUUAUAAAACUUGGUGAUUUUGGUAUUGCGCGAAUCUUGGGGUCUUCCAUUGAUAUGGCGACUACUAUGAUUGGCACUCCAUAUUACAUGAGUCCUGAACUGUUUGCUGGUCUUCCAUACAACUAUAAAUCAGAUAUAUGGGCUUUAGGAUGUUGUCUGUAUGAGCUUGUGACAUUAAAACAUGCAUUCCAUGCAAGAGACAUGUCAGGUCUUAUCUAUAAAAUAUCACAUGGCAAGAUUGGAGGCAUAUCCAAAGUAUAUAGUGAAGAUCUGCAGUGCCUGAUAUCUGACAUGCUAAAUCGCACAUCAGACCUAAGACCUAGCACAUCCCAAAUCCUUCACAGACCAUUUGUGAAGGGCCAUAUUUCAGCCUUUCUAAAGGACACUAAGCAGCCUGCACAGUCUGGUGAAAUUCAAAAGGUGACAAAGGAGGAUUGUAAUCUGCAGAUAAAUCCUAAAAAAGAUAAUGAAGAUAAAAUGAAGGAAGAAGUGAUCAGACCGAACCCUGGUGCCAGAAGAUGUUGUGAAAUAUUUCCUGAACUUGAGUCUCUGCAGAUCUCUGGUGAUAAGAUGAAGUUGGAAAGCAGAUCAAAAGUUGAAUCUAAGCCAAGUGGAGUCAAGGAGUGCCAGUGCAAAAGACAAGGAAAUAAGGAAAUGCCAUCUGCAGGCCAGGGUUCAAAAUCACGCAGACGUCGGCAUCAUAAUAAAAACUCAGUUAUUCCAGAUUCAAGUACAAAUCAGGAUCCAUUAGUUGUUUCUGGAGAUUGCUUUUUUCUGCGUGAUAUACCUUCCUCUGUAGCCACUGAUGAAUGCAGUCCAUCAACUUCAUCUGCCUUUUCUGCCAGGGAGAGGAGAAGACAAAGAAGACUUCAGGAAAUAGACUUGGAGAUUGAUUGUGAAGAAAUAAAGACCAACAGUAGUAGAAGCACAGAGAGUAUUUUUGAUUGUGAAUAUGUAACAGAAAAAGAAGUAAAAGCAAAAGCUAGAAUAGAUUGUUGUAUAAAGGGUGAUGCAGUUUCUGAAGUGUGUUUAGAUAACCCAUUAAUUCAAGAUGUACCAGUAUCCUUAAAGUUCCAGGAAGUUAAUGACUUUGUAAACAUCCUGGACACAACACUAAGUGAUGAUGGUGUAGAAAACCUUGGUGAAACCUGUGCACAAGAUACACAAAUUUUAAUGCCAAAGGAUGGACUGGAAUCAAGAAUUGGUAUCCUGGAAGAUGCACUUAUAAGUAAAGUGGGAAAGGACCAAGCAGCAGCAGUGAUAAGUUUGGCCAAGACAAACUCUUGGGAGGGCUGGGAAGAUCAGAGAGCAUUAGCAGAGAAGAUACUAGGAGACCACCUGUUUUCUUCAGUUGCAACUAUAGUCUGGCACCUGAAAUUGUGUUAUUGUUUUCAUCUUGAUGAACUUGAUCAUCCUGUAUGAAAUAUGGUGACUUACAUGUUGAUGAUAGUGAAAUGUUACAGAUUUUUCAAGCAUAUAAUUUUUAAAAAUCAAAUAAAUAAACUUAAUUGUCUUACUCUGGCAUGACAGGAACCUGGUUCAUCUAGUCGAAAUGUGAUAGUAUUUUUUAUUAUUAUUAUUAUUAUUUUUUACUAUAUAGGUAUUAUUUUUAUUGAAAUAAAAUGAUGUAGCUUUAGUAUAUUGAUGUUUUUAAUUUUAUAUACACACACACACAGUCUCUUACUGUUGCAAAAUAAGUAGAUCUUAAUUUAUUGUUUACAUUUUUAUCAGCAAAUUUCUAUUGCUAAUUGCUGGUUUCCUAGAUGUCAAGGUAUAGCCAGUGAUUUACUUCCAAGAAAGAUAACUAGUCUAUUUUACAUAGGAAUUCAGACAAAUUAUAUAUUUAUAAUUUCUUUUUGAGAGAUAUUACUUGUAUUUUGUGCAAGGUAAGAAGUUCUUAAUAUAUUUUCAAAAUCUGUUUUAAAAAAUAAUCCCUAAAUAUAAAAUAUACUUCACUCAGGCCACCAAUAAAGUUAAUAUA